AUGGCAACCCUUCUCGUUGGCCCCAAGCAAGUCAAAAUCGGCUGUCACAAAGCUCUACUUGGCUACUUCUCCAACUUUUUCUACGGAGCCCUAUACGGUGGUUUCAAGGAAGCCGUCACUCAAGAGAUAUCCAUGCCCGAUUAUACUCCCGAUCAGAUCGGUGUCUUUGUUACUUGGGCUUAUUCCGGACGCAUCGAGACAACCUUGUGUGCAGAAGAACUCUGGAUUCUUGGAGAUGCGCUUCAAAUUACAGACUUCACCAACGAAGCUAUGCACCUCCUGUUCAGCAUCUACGGACAUCGGGAUGGAGAAUGGCUCACUGCAUCUGCUGCCGAUUAUGUUUGGGCAAACACUCGAUCGGAGUCGACACUUAGAAAGUUCCUCUUGUCGUUGAUGAUUCAUGAUGGUCCUCUUUGCAACAGAGCUUUGGGCAGGGUAAAGAUCCAGAGUCGAGUAAGAAGGAUUGGCAUGGUUUAA